AUGGCGUCCAUCGCUGGUAUUCAGCAAUCUCUGGCGUCGACGUCGAACCAGUUCGCGAAGGGCUGGACUACAGUUGCGGAGAAGCUGGAGACAACAUAUGAGAGUAUUUCGGCUAAGCAGGCAGAGCAGGAGGCCAGGAUCGAUCUCUUCGAGUCGCAGAUCAAGGAACUGCACGGCCUUUUGGGCAAUAUCAAACGUGCGAAGCCGCUUCCUCCUGCUGCUAGUGAUUUUAACUUCGACCGCGACGUCGACCAGUGCAUCCUUAUCCUGCGCUCCAAGCUCUCUUGUACACGGGCCAGUGUCCGGGCCGCUAUUGGUGGCUGGCUCCAGAGGGCUCAGAUUGCCGAAGGUGAUGUGGACUGGGAAGGCGACGAGACUGGCAACAAGCAUGUUAUGCGCAUCAGAGGUGCCCGCAUGUACGCUGCUCGUAAAGACCAGCAAGCGAUCGAAAACCAGGCCCAGGUCAAGCGGGAGUUGGGUCUCAAAUACAUCCGUCGCGAGCUCGAGUUGCAUUACCCGUCGCUCAAAUAUUACAGCGACAAGCUCAUAGGCGAAGUCUCGACGCAGUGGAAACCGCUGGUCAGAGUCGAGCCCCUUCCAGGAGAUGUUCUUCCACGGUUUGAGUUCGCGCUUGAGAACUUGCGUGCUUUCUCGAUCGAUAAGGAGACGAUCUUGUCGGGUGUCAAGGCCAACUAUCGUCAGCAGUCUGAUGCGCAGUGGUCGGUUUAG